UGGCGGUCCAGUCAGAUCGCGCGCGCGGUGCCAUUGCGGUGCUCCCCUUGCUGAAAGACUUGAUCCAAGACUCGCCAUGGGCAAAGAUUCGACUGGGUGCUUUGGCUGCUUCCGCUUCCUCCUCCCGAGCAACGCUCCGGAAGUGGCUCCGGACAUGUCCCCGGGGAGCUGGGGCCCGCCUGCCGAGGUGGACCUGGUGCCCUCCAUGGCUCGGCCCCGGGUGGGCAGCUGGGCCUCCCCGGUGCCCUCCAUGCCGGCGCCGUGGGGCACCUGGAGCACGCCCCAGGAUGACAGGCACACGGUACUGACGGUGUCGGGCUUGGACGAGCCCGUGAAGGUGACGAAGACCCCCACGAGCAAGAACAUGGCCACCGCACAGCCAGGCAGGCUGAAGGAGAUUGGGUGGUACAACAGGGACGGCUUCAAGUCACCCACGCAGGGCUUCCUGGUGGAGCAGCUCCUGGCGUCCCCGGGCAGUUUGCCCCAGGGGCUGAGCCCCGCGGAGUGCAAGCUGCAGAACGAGAAGCGCGUGGACCAGGUGCUAAAGACGUUGGACACUAUCCCCAACGCCACCACCACCGAGCGCCUCGCCAAGGUGCCUAGGAGACUGCUGACACAGAGAGGAGAUACGGGUCAGCGCCUUCGCAGAGGCAUCCUGAAGGGUGCCACCAUCGUGUUCAUCACCACGGGCUACGAGGGCAAGCGCUUCAUCUACGAGCGUGCACACGCGCUGGGGGUGAGGUCAGUGCUGAUCGACAGCCCAACGAGCUGGAGCAAGCGCCUGGUGGAUGAGGGGGUAGCGGUGAAGUUCAUCCCCAUCGACAUGGACCAAACCUCCCGGGAGGUUGUCAAGUCUUGCCUGGCGGCGAUCGAGGCGUGCGAGCGCGACCCCGCCGUGGGCAAGGUGGACGGGGUCUGCACCUUUGCGGAGCUGUCGGUGCCUCUGACCGCGCGCCUCGCGGAGCUCCUGGGGCUGCCGGGGCCCACGCCCGAGGCCACGGACCAGGCUCGUGACAAGUACGCCACCCGUGGGGCGCUGACGCGGUAUGGGCUUCCCACGCCUCCGAACUGCGAGAUCACCUGCGAGG